CAACCCCACCAGGAGUUUAUAGUCAGCUGUGUUAUUGACGUAACUUUUACUUUUCCCUUGGAUUUUGGUAUAAACUAAAUUGAUAUUGAAAUGGUUCGUCCAACGCUCGUCAGCCUGGCCAAGCGAGUGCCCCUAAUCCACUUCCGCAAAGGGGGAGCGGGAGCUCCGGGCGCGCAGACCGCAAAUCAGCAGGCAAGUUCCCAGCCACCAGGAGGCAAAAAGUUGGCCGGAGGUCCUGCAAUCGAGGAUUACGAGCUGCCGGCACGAUUUGCCCGCAAACCAAUCGAUCCGGAGGAGGCGGCGUACAUAAACAAUGGAGGAAUACCAAAUUAAAGAAAUCAAUCUAGUGUGCUGCUUGUAAAAUAAUAUAGUGUCAGACUUCACCGAAUAUCACACAUGUUUAGCGUAAAUUAUUCAAGAAAGAAUUAAAUGGCCGACGCCAGAAUUUUAUUGUUUAAAUAAACAUCAUGUGUCCCCCGGAGCCAGUGUUGCCAGGUGUUGAGCUGCAGCAUAAGCUAGAUUCUGGAUAUAAAUAGGCUAAAAACUAAAAAUAAAGGCUGAAAAACAGAAAAAUCUUAGGGCUUUUAAAGUGUAGAAGGUAAAAUUUCCAAAUUAUGAACCCUACACAAGCACAUAAUUUUUCUUUUAUUUGACACAAAUAUAAUUUUAAAAAAUC